UAAAGGUUCAGUUGAACCGAAUUUUGCUUUACGGAUUUAAUGAGACAUGUGCAUGUUGGAUAAACCAUCCAGGUCUUAUAUUUGAAAUAGUAUACCAUGUAUAGUACAGGGCUGUUUGUCGAGGGAUGCUAUUCAUCUACUAUACAAUAUCCGUUCUGUAACCGCUUAUUGAACAGAACUUUUAGCAUUUAAUCAUCGACGAUGGUUGCCUUGUGACAGAGAGUCUUUGUGUACUCAUGACUCAGUAAAGGAGGCUCUCUAGUUAUAGACAUGGUAUGACUGCCAUGUCACAAACAAAAGCCCCUAAAGAAGGGGUCACCGCAGCUGCUACAAGAAUCGUAUUCUUCGGAUCAGAAAAACAUCCCCCUUUACUUGUGGAAAACUGCGCCCUUCCACAAAUCAAGGACGGUGAAAUCCUCGCAAAGAUACUUAUGGCGACGAUAUGUGGAUCAGACAUUCAUACAAUACAAGGAAAGAGGAGGGAGGCCACACCAAGCGUCUUGGGCCAUGAGGCAGUUGCAGAAAUUGUCGAGAGUAGGCGGUUAGACGAAAAUCUGCAAGUUGGGGAUAGAAUCACGUUUUCCGUUGGAGAUUACUGUCAAACGUGUGAUAGAUGCAAAUGUAAUUUGCCCAACAAAUGUAGAGAAUUGUUUAAAUAUGGGCACGCUUCACUUAAUGAUGGAACUGGUUUCAAUGGUUGCUAUGCCUCCCACAUUGUACUGAGGGCGCGAACUCAUGUUGCUAAGAUACCACCCCACGUGACCAACAAAAUGGCUGCACCGAUAAACUGUGCACUUGCAACAAUGGUGAAUGCGACUAGAGCCAUUCCAGAAGCCAGUAUCUCAUCUCAUUCUAGAUCAGCCGUGAUUCAGGGAGCGGGUCAACUAGGCCUGUAUGGAUGUGCUUUAUUAAGGAACGCAGGGUACGAUCCGGUAUACUGCACUGACAUUAACCUAGAUCGACUAUCCGCUGUCCAGGCAUUUGGAGGAACACCUGUAUUCUCAGGGUCACCUAAUUAUUUAAGAAAAAGCGUUGUUGAAUUAGGAUCUCAAGUCAUAAACGGCAAACCAGAGAACGACUCCAUAGAUGUUGUAAUAGAGGUAUGUGGAGCGCCAAGUGUAAUACCCGACGGUAUAAACCUGCUACGUCCAGGGGGAGUGUACAUAUUUGUUGGAAUGGUCCAUCCUGAUUCAAGACUGAAUAUUACCGGGGAGCAGAUCAUACGAAAAUGUCUUACUAUAAAAGGUGUUCACAAUUACUCGCCAAAAGACUUGGAUUUAGCUGUGGAAUUCCUGACUAAAACAGCAGACAAAUAUCCGUAUGAAAAAAUGAUAGGUCCCCAGUAUUCAAUAUCUGGUAUCCAUGACGCUAUUAAACAUUCCAUAUCACAAACAUACUGCAGAAUUCCAUUAGUACCAUGAAAUUGUAGAUGCAAUACUAGUAUGCAUGUACACCCUCCAUUAGGAAAAUAAACCCAUUGACAACCACCUGUGGUCGUACUUAAAAAUAAACUAUAUUUCUAUAAUAGUACCAUACAAUCCUGUUGUUAUGUUGUAUACAAUUUCGCAAUUAUAUGAUCUAUUUGAUUUACGCUCAGUAUAUUUAAUUCACUUUAUUCGCGAAACAAGUAUAAAUUACCACACACUCACAUACACGUAAUUUCCCCGUAUGCCCCCUUCGAGCCUUGGAAAAAUAUCACCGUGAGCAUCGAUUUACUUUACAAUAGUUUGAUUCUAGUUUGAUUCUUUUAUAUAUAUAUUUACCAUUCAUUUAAUCAUUACAUCACGUUUCGCUCGAAGAAUAAUCAAUG